AUGGCCUCGCCAAGCAGCUGGAUGUCGUCGCUGGUGGCCGGAGCUCUUACUGGGUUCCUGGUCAUCUUUCGCGACGUCAGUUUUGCUUUGGUCUACUGCGCACCCAAAGUGCUGCGCCCGCAUCAGGCAGCGGUAACGGCGUCGCUGCUGCUUUCUUCAGCAGUCGCUCAAUGUGUGUACUCCUGGCGGCACAGCUUUCCCACAGUCGUGGCCUGCGCUUCCUCCUUGGCUGUUCCGUUUCAGAGUGCUGUUUCUGUAUCGAUUGCGAAAUCCUUGGGCCAGCGCUCCGAGUCAGUCCUGGCAACCGUUCUGGCAACCUUCUCGCUGACUGCCCUGGUCUAUGGGCUUCUGAUCUUCCUUCUUUCCUUCGUGCCCAUCCUGGACCAUCUCAAAAGCGCCUUCCCGCAACCGGUGAUGUGCGCCUUCUUCCUGGUUGCAGGUAUCGGCAUGCUUCAGGGUGCCCUGGAGCUGGUGUGUGGGCAGCCUCUGUUUGGCGGCCAUGACUUCCAGGCAGCUGCCUACGCCCAAAUGACUCUUACUGUCCUCGUGGGUGCUGCCAACCGGGCGGGAUCCAAGUGGCUGCGACACUUUGCCGUGUUGCCAGCGAGCCUCUGCCUUCAGAUCCUCGGCUUUUUCCUUGGCCUGGGCCUCCUUGGGGAGGACUUGGGCACUGCAAGGAAAGCAGGCUGGCUUUGGGAGCCCAUGGCGCCCAUAGACCUGGCAGGCCUGCCGGAUCCGUUAGAAGUGGAGUGGUCGGUGGUCAGAUCUCAGCUGGGCUCGGUCCUCUCCUUGGUGGUUAUGCUCGUCGUGGACUUGAUGACCACGCUGCUUCCUCUUGAACUGAUGACACCAACAAAAUCGAUCAAGAUGGAUGACGAGUUUCGCAUUGCUGGCUGCUCUUCGCUGGCGGGAGCUGUCUUCGGCAGCGUCUCGUAUGUGUCGCUGUCACCUACACGGCUGAAUGUGGAUGCCGGGGGUACCGGACGUGAAACUGGGCUCAUUUCCGCUGCACUUUGCAUACUCUGGAUCUGGCUCGGGCCAGCGCUCACUGCCGGAGUGCCAAAGUUCGUGGUUGGAGGCAUGCUUUGCCACCUGGCCUUUGGCUACAUACUGGAUGGUCUGUGGGAGCCGAGGUCACUGUUGUCUUUCGGGGACUACGCCAUCAUCCUGGCCAUGGUGCUCUACUACCUGGCUACAGACCUGGUGCCUGCCAUUCUGGUGGGUUUGGCCCUCUGCAGUUUCAACUUCAUGCUGCGCUACUCGCAGAGUGGCCCGUUGGAAUUUGUCACCACUGCAGGCGAGGCGGCCAUGUUUUCAAACCGCUAUCGCCCUGCCGACGACCGCUUGUACUUGAAGACCUCUCCAGGCAUCGUGGUGGCUCGCACCUUCUGCAGCCAGCUCUUCUUCGGCUCCAUCGCAGCCAUUCUCGGGGAGGUCGGCCCUUGGUUGAAAGAGGGGCGCUUCCUGUUGCUGGACUUGUCCAGCUUACGUUCGAUCGACUCCUCCGCUUUGGCGGGCUUCCGGAAGCUGCCGCCGCACGUCCAGACCGUCGCGGUUGGGUUGCCUCUGCAGCUGGAGACGCAACUUCGAAGCGCAGGUCUUCCGGUUUGCAUCUUCCAGUCCAUCGACGAAGCCCUGGAGUGGUGCGAGGACCAUGUUUUGAAGUUCAGGUACCUGGAGGUGAACCCGACGGACCUGAACUCGCAGCUCUUAGGUCGUCCCAGCAACAACCCGUCCUUGCCUGCGCCGGAGAAGCUAAGGCUUGAUGCUCCUGCAGUCUCUGCAGCCGUCACCCGGGCCUUGGGCCCUGGUCUCCAGGACUUGGAGGAUCUGCUGGAACAGCUGCCUGUAAAGGCCAGGGAGGUUGUGUUUCACGAAGGAUUGGCGGCCGAAGGUCUCUAUGUCGUCGUCAGUGGCACGCUGCAGAUCCAGCAUGGUAGCCAGCGCGGCAUCGUGCUCGGGCCAGGAGAGGUAGCCGUGGAUGUCAACAUCAAGCGUAUCUUCGGGCAGCUGCCCGGUGCGCGCCGCGGCAAGCCCGUGUCAGCCGGCGAUCUUCUCUGCGAGGCUGCGCUGUACGGGCCCAUGCUUCAUACGUGGUCGCUCAUCGCGGACACGCCGUCGCUGCUCUUGUUGCUCAGACGAGACAGGCUUCUGCUCGCUGAGCAGAGAUAUCCGCAGGCUGCCAUUGCCUUGCACCGCCGACUUGUGGUGUCCCACAUGCAGCUUCUUGACCAACGUAGUUCAGCUAAUUGGUUUCUUCUCGAUCACGGCGGCGCUCGUAACGGCCCAAGCUUCAGGUGCUAUUAG